CUUACAAGAGGGAAGACUCCCCUAAUCUUGUCUGUCAACGAAAUGGCGCAAAUCGAAACCCUAGGCAUUCUCCAAGAGAUCCAAGCUCUCGUCUCUGAUCAACUUAAAGUGGUCUACAGUGUGCAAGCUAGCAUCCCGGAAGACCCAGCUUCACUCUGGAAUGCUGAAUAUGUACAGGCAGAAGAGCUCUUCAAGCAGCCGCAUACUUUUGAUAAUUUCUUGAGAGACAACAGGUUCUGUGGGAUUUCUAAUUCUUUUGUAAAGUGUAAUGUUGAGGGAAGCUCAACAAGCAUUGCUGCUCCACAGCCCAAAAGUGAGGCAAUUGCUGGCUCCUCUAGGCAUACUUUUACUUCUGCUGUGUCAGCACCUCAGCAAAAUAAAGUUCAACAAUAUAGCCCAAAGGUUGGCCCUCAGUCUUUGAAUGUGGUAAAAGAUGUCAAAAAUGAAACGAAUAGCAAAGCAGAUAAUGAACAGUCUACCAAAGCUUCUAUGGAUAAAGAGAAAGUCAUUCCGAUGCCCACUAAUAAAAAGAAAAGCCAAAAUGACAAUAAUUCAUCUGGAACUGGAAGUUCCUUGGCAAAUUUAUGGGGCCGUGCAGCCGUAAAGUCAAAGCCCAAUUCUGCACCAGCGUAUGACAAUAAGUCUAUCACAGAUCCCACUGGUAAUGCAGAUGCUCAGAUACAUUUUCUUGAAGCUGUUGAUAACCGAGAUAGUGAUGAUGAAGACGCUCAAGAUGUCAAUUUAACGAGGGCUUCCAAUGGUGAGGACAGUAGGAAAAGGAGGUUAGUCUUAGAUUACUCGGAUGAUGAGUAUGAAGAUGCUGUUAGUUUAGCAUCACCUGAUAUUUCAGGACAGUCAAGUCUGGGCACAAAAGGAAAUUGUAAACCACUAAUUCCAGAGAAACCCAGCUUAGUACUGAACAAGGAGAAAGAAAAUGAACUGAAGGAAGAAAAUGAACCAAAGGUCAAGGAAGAAAUGUCAACUAACUCCAACCAAUUGCAUCAGGACGAUUCUUUGGUUUUAAGAAAAAGUAUGAAGAGUGACAUUUCCUCUUCCGAGAAGAUCCAAAAUGGUGUUUCUGCAAAUGAUAUAAAUAAGGAGAAACCAACUGAAGCUGCUAAUAAUUCACCUAAACGGAGAAAAGUUUUGAAGACAAGGAUAGAUGAGCGUGGAAGAGAAGGUAAAAAUAAAAAAGUUGUUUGGGUCUUUACAUUAAUAUCAUUUGCAUUAGAUUACUUGUAAUGUUGAAAGUCUUGUUACUUACAACUUCUUGUACACAACAGAUGAAACUUCAGUUUCAUUGGUGUUUAAUUUUUCAGUUUAAAUUCCUUUGUAUCUUUUUCUGACUGCAUGUUGCCCUACAUUUGUGUUCUUGGUCAGUUCGGUUAGAGUUGGAAGAAUGUUAU